AUGUAUAGCAAAAAAAAGCACAGCGCCCAAAUCAGCCCCCAAACCCCCAAAUCGCCGCCGCCCCAAGCCCUCCACCCGCCGCUCCCCACCGGGCUCCCCUCGCCGCUCCUCCCACCGGCCGUCGGCGCCACCGCCGGCUCCCCCGUCGGUUCCCCCGCCGGCGCAUCCGCGCUAUGCUCCACCCCAUUGAGGCUGAGCGUCCCCGUUGAUUUUGUGUUGUCCGACCCCAUAUCGUGCGCCCUCAGAUUCCCAUGGCUGUCUACGCCGGGCCCCACCUGCCACAAGUGGUUCACCUCGUCCGACGCCAGCCGCCCCGGCAGCUGCAGCGUGGCGGAGAACGAGAUCCGGCCGCCGGAGUAUCUCGCGGACCGGUUUGAGACGCGGUAG